GAUCAUCUCUCGGCUGGGAUCAUCUCCUGGCCGGGAUCAUCUCCCGGCUGGGAUCAUCUCCUGGCUGGGAUCAUCUGCGGGCCGGGAUCAUCUCCUGUUGCCACCACGGGGCCUCCUCACACCCUUAAUGCGCUGUGACUUCCGCGGCUCCGGCGGCGGCUCUGCCACAAUCCCGGGAUUAAUGCCACCGAUCCAGUCCCCGACCUGUCACGGAGCCUUAAAAUCAGCCAGGGACGGCUCGGGGACAUGGUGGCACCCGCGAAGGGCGGGAAGAAUUCAUGGAAGCGACAGCGCGGGAGCAGAUCCCGGGGGAAUGAGGGCAGAAUUUAAAGGAAGGGGCUCAGCAGAGCCUGGAAUUAAAAGAAGGGGCUCAGCAGAGCCUGGAUCUUCCUGGACACAUCCAGAGGGAAUUUUUUCCCAUGUUUCCCAGACUGGCUCUGACUCCUGGGUGCAGAAGGGAGGAAAACAGGAACAAAUCGGUCGCGGUGUAAAACAAGGAGUGGGAUUUCCUCCCACGGCUCUUGCCUCCUCCCCGCGCGGCUCCAAAAUCCCGGAUCCAUCCCAAAUCCAGGCGUUUAUUCCUUAUUAAUCACCGUGGAGAUGUUUAAGUGCUUCUCUGGCUGGGAUUCAGUGGGAAUUUUUAGCUUCUGUGGGGCUUUUGGGAAUCUGCAGGAGGGGUUUUUUAUCCUUGGAUGAGGAACAGGAACAUCGAGGAUGGGGGAAAUCCAGGGAGGAUCUCAAGGGAGUCCUGGAGAAGGACAGUCCUUGGAAUGAGGAAAUCCAGGGCAGGAAUAUUUGAAUUAUACAUCGAGAUUUAAAUAUGGAUGGGAAUAAACCCAGCGGGAAAUGGGAGGGGAAGGAAAGAGGGAUAAAACCAAAAAUUUUUAGGGAUGGGAGACCCCCCCAGGUACCUAACACUUCCCAAAAUUCCUUCUUUUAUCCCAGUCCGUUGGGAUUUUAGCUCCAUCUUGGAGCCUUCACAAAAGAGGAAUUCCUUUUUUGCCAUUAUUUUCUCAUUUUCCUUUUUCCCAUUAUUUGCAGCUUUUCCUUUUCUCCCUUUCCCCAUAAGGUCCCGAUUCCCAAAUUUUCCCAGAAAAGGCGGGGGAAGGCCCAGGAGCUGUUCCCAAAUGAAGGGACAACACGGAGUGGAAAAUCUCACCAUUCCCUCUUUUGUUCCUCCCACAAAAGGGUUAAUCCAGCUAAGAAAGCGAGAGGGGAAUAAAAACCCACUCGAGCCAUUCCAUCCCAUCCCUCCCGGCCGAUAAAUGCGGGAAAAUUACCCGGAGCAGCUCCAUGACCCCGAGUUAUUUCCAGGCAAUUUCGGGGGAUAACGGUGAUUUACGGACAAGAACAAGGAAGGGCAAACGAUCCUGGAUCCUGGAUCUUGGAUCUUGGCUCCUGGAUCCAGGAUCUUGGAUCCUGGCAGGACACGAAGGAGCUGCCGGGCCCGGAGCUGAGCCGCUCCUUCCACAGGGAAUUCCGAACCUCUGGAAUUAUUCCCUCUAUUUAGAAACCUGGUGGAAAAACCGAGGCUGGGCCGUGGAAGGGGGAAUGGCCGGAAUUUGGGGGGUUUGCAGCGCUGGGAAUGUGUUCCCAUGGAUUGAUGCUCUGCUCGGCAUUCCCUGAGUGUUCCAUGGCCUCCGUUCCAGACCCAAUUCCCACUUUCCAUAAAAAUCAGCAUUUAUUUCAAAUCCCUUUUCCAGGAGAAUUGAAGAUAUCAGGAUUGGGUUUUUUUUCCCACGGAAAACCCCACUGUAUCCAAGUCCAAGGGAAUGGGAUGGGGAAUAUGGGAAGCCAAGAAACACCUGGAAUUUUGGAGCACGGCCCCCUCCCCACUCCUGCUCCCUCCAAGCCCCCCACAGGGCCUCUCCUUUGGACGCUGGAAUUCCCUCAUCUCCCUAUCCGAAGAAUAAUUUAAUUAACUUGGAGAAACGUAAUUAAUUUUAAUUGUGGGCGAUAAUUCAUUGUUUCAUGGGAUAUUAAUAAUUAUAUUUGGGAAAUCCAAGUGCCUGGGAAGUGCCCUGGAACGUCCUAAUUAACGGCUCGGAUGGGAAGCGUUUAAUUGAAAACGUUGGGAAAUUGGUUCUGCUCCCUGGGGCCGGAAUCCGUGACCCGAGGACAUGCUGAAGGAGGAAGGGAGGCAGAUUGGGAUUCUCCCGCUGCUUCCCAAAUCCCAAAUCCACCUGGGCUGGGUAAUGACACGCCUGGAUAUUCAUUUUUCCCCGGGAUUUUUGGCUCCCAGCCCGCUGCCCCCGGGGAAUUUUGCAGGUGGGAAAUGCUCUUUUUCCGUGUUUUCCGCUGUUCUCGUAACCGUCUCAAGUACCUGAAUAUCCCAUUUCCAUCAAGGAAUUACAGGCUCGGAAUCUCCAGCAGCCUCAGAAAGCCAGGAAAGGACCCCCCGUGGAAGUGUUUGCAUUCCUGGAGUGGGAUCAGCCCCGGGAAGGAUUUGUCCUCUAAUUGCUCCAUCUGUGCCUCAGGAAGACACAACCCCAGCCCAGCCUUGGCUCUGGAUUUCCCGUUUCUCCUUCAUUUUUCACCUGCCUGGGAGGAAAACUCGGCAAUUUCAGGUCCUGAUGUUCCUCUGAUCCAGGACUGGGAUGCUCAGACCCCCCAGAUCCUGAUGUCCUUUAAUCCAGGACUUGGACACGGGGACAACUCCAGGUCCCAGUAUUCCCCCAUGCCAGGACUGGGAGGCUCGGAGCCCCCUGAUCCAAUGUCCCCCCUAAAUCCCACUGUCCCCACAAUCCAGGACUUGGAUGUUUGGACAACACAAAUCCCAGAAUCCCCCCUCAGGCUGGGAUUUUGAUGCUUGGAGACUCCUGAUCCAACGUUCCCCUAAAUCCCAGUGUUCCCUCAAAUCCCAACGUUCCCGCAAAUCUCAAUGUCCCCCCAGUCCAGGACUUGGACAUUCAGAUCCCUCAAUCCCGAUGUUCUGCCCCAUUCCAGGACAAGGAUGCUCAGAUUCCCAUGUCCCAGUGUCCCCCCUAAAUCCGAAUGUCCCCACAAUUCAGGACCUGGAUUUUUGGACAACCCAGAUCCCAGGCCGGGAUUUUGAUGCUCAGAAUCCCCCCCAGGUCCCAAUGUUCCCACAAAUCCCAAUGUCCCCCUAAAUCCCAGUGUCCCUCCAUCCCAGGACAUGGAUGCUCAGACCUGAAUGUCUGAAUUUUGGUGGCUCCACCUGCUGGAAGAGGCUCAUGGACACCUCCCAAAUCCUCAUCCCUAAGGAGGAGGGGUGGGAAUGGUCCAAAUCCAUGGAAUACUGCAGGGAUGGGGUUAAGGAAGGAGGAAGAUCCUUUAAAAUCCGGUGCCUCUGAAAUAACGAGGGGGAUUUUUUUCCUCAGGGAAUGGGAGGAAACUGGGAGCAGCUGGACACUGAAGGGACUCGAGCCUUGUCCUCAAGCUCCUUGAGGAAUUCCAAUGUCCGUGGUGGGGAUUGAUGGAUCCACCGCCAUCCGGAUGGGCUGAGUGAUGCAGAACCAACCAGUGGCUCCCAACCCUUGGGAAUUCAUCAAGGAAAUCUGGGAAUUGCUCCAUAAACUCUUGGAGCCUGCAAUAAAAAAAUUAAACACUGACGGCUCUGCUGUGUAAACACAGCCAAGGAAACUGGGAUUGGGAAUGGGGAGGGGCAAAUGAUCCCACAACGCUUCUGUUUCCCUGAAUUUUCCCAGAAAACAGCACCAAGAAACCCAGGAAAGGAGCGACGCCUUCCAGCCACAUUCCAGACUCAUCCAAGGACCAGUGGCUCUGUCUCCCGCAGGAGAAGGGCGAGAGGGGUUUAUUUUAAAUCCCUUUCCUGCCCUAAUCCAUGUGACGCUAAUCAGGGAUCCGGCCCCUCGGGAAUCAAUGAUUAAUGGAGUUAAAUUUAGCGGGAGCUUGCCGGAGUAAAAUUAGGCGCCAUGCAUAAAACAUCACAGCUCCUCGUUAGCAUGCCUAAUUACGCUAAUGGGGGGCGCUCACGCGGGCCUGGAAUUAGGGAUGGACCUCCCGACCUCCUCCCAGCUGCCCAAAUCCGUGGUGGAGCUGGGAAAGAGCCCGGCCUGGAGCCUUAAUGAGAAGGUAAUUAGCACACAAUUAACGCUCAGGGGUGGGGCUGAAGGACAUCCCAGAGGUCCAAGGUGUCCUGGGGAUGGGUUUGUCCCACCCCAGGGGCCUGGGGGGCUGAGGGUCCCCAUGGUCCCACAUUCCAAGGGUUGGGAGAGGGGUUGGUGCAGCACGCGGCCCCUUACCGCAGUGGGGCGUUGGGAUCGACAUCGUGAUGGGUUUCCUCCACGGUGGGCUUGCCAUGGGCUCAGGCACCUUGAUGGCCGGGUGUCUGGCCAUGGAUCCACCAUUCCCAAGGACUGGGAUGAGGGUUUAUUGCGGCACAUGGCUCCUUAUCCCACGGGAUACUUGGGAUCAGCAUCACUAUGGGUUUGCCAGGGGGUCAUCAUCAUUAUGGGUUGGCUUUGGCCAGUGGUACGGCCAUGAUUCCAACAUCUCCUUCCACCAUGGCUGUAAUUCCAACAUCCCCUUCCAGAGUGGCUAUCAGUCCAACAUCCGUCAUUCCACCAUGGCCGUGAUUCCAACAUCUCCUUCCACCAUGGCUGUAAUUCCAACAUCCAUGGCUCCAACAUCCCGUUCUACUGUGUCCAUCAUUCCAACACGGCCAUCUUUCCAACAUCUGUCAUUCCAACAUCCAUCAUUCCAGCAUGGCCCCCAUUCCAGCAUGGCCACCAUCCAAACAUCCACCAUUCCACCACGGCCAUCAUUCCAACACCCAUCAUUCCAACAUCCCCUUCCACCGCGGCCAUCGUUCCAACAUCCACCAUUCCAACAUCCCCUUCCAGUGUGGCCAUCAUUCCAACAUCCACCAUUCCACCACGGCCAUCAUUCCAACAUCCACCAUUCCAACAUCCCCUUCCAGUGUGGCCACCAUUCCAACAUCCACCAUUCCAACAUCCCCUUCAGUGUGGCCAUCAUUCCAACACCCAUCAUUCCAACAUCCCCUCCAGUGUGGCCAUCAUUCCAACAUCCACCAUUCCACCACAGCCAUCAUUCCAACAUCCACCAUUCCAACAUCCCCUUCCAGCGCCACCAUCGCUGUUUCCUCAGCCCAGCUUCCCAAAAUCCCUGGAAUUCCGCAGUUCCUGGCCUUGCUGCUUCCCCAUCAUCUCCCAGCCUCCUGGUCACUCACCAGCCCCAAGGGAAGUGAUUCCAGAGCCCAAAUCCGGUGGGAGAAGGAGGGGGAAGGCGAAGCCGUCAGCGUUUCUGAGCGGUUCCUCCAAACCCGGCGCAGGGAACACAAAUCCGGCUGUAAUUAAUCCCAUUAUCUUGGGAAGAGGGAGCCGCGGCGCGCUGAGAGGGCUGUCAAAAACCAGGAAUCUGGCUGGGAUAAGCCUCUGGGGGAGUUUAAGCUUGGACAGGCACCAUCUCUAAGCUGGUUUGGGGGGAGAUGGGAGUGACAGGGAAAUAAAGACGGAAGGACUCCAGCCUGGAGCAGGAAAAUCCAGGAAUGAUUAAUUCACCUCCCUUUUCCUUAAGGAAUGAGACAAAAAUAACCCAAAAAGACCUCAGCAGCAGCUCUGUUGAAUUCCCUGCAAAGGCCAAGCCAGGGGGUGGGAGUGGGAUGGAAUGUGGGAUAGCCAAUGGAAUGUGGGACGUCCGAUGGAAUGUGGGACGUCUGACAGAAUGCAGGAUAGCUGAUGGAAUAUGGGAUACCCUAUGGAGUAUGGGAUGUCCGAUGGAAUGCGGGAUGUCCGAUGGAAUGUGGGAUGUCCGCGUGUCUCCCACCCAAGGAUCCGCAUCCUGCCCCGCAGAGCAGCUCCACAUCCAGAAGCUCCUUCAGGAGAGGCAUUUUGGGGCAGGAAAGGCUUUUCCAGCAAGCCCGGGGGAUGAGGUUGGAUUCCAGAGCCAGCGCAGGAUCUGGAAUGUUCCCAGCUCCCUCAGCUUCUCCCCUUGGCACCCUUUGCUGGCAGAGCCCAACUCCCAGGAAGAGCAGGGAACAAUGAUCCCUGAUUGAGGCAGCUGCCUCGGAUCUGGAAACGGAAAACUCUUCCCAGCAGCUCCAGAUCUCGGGAACAAAACCCGGAGCAUUCCAUAUCCAUCUUUUCCAUCCCCAGUUCCCAUCAGACCUGGAAUGCUCCCUGUCCAUCUUUUCCAUCCCCAGUUCCCACCAGCACAUGGAUGGAGCCAGAGAGGAGUUCCCAUGGAAGUGCUUCCUUGGGAAGAGCAGCCAGGAGGAAAACCCUUGGAAUUUCCUCUGCAUCCCAGGAGAGCACGGAGAGCUGGGAUGAGUUGGGAUGAGUGGGACAGGGACCUCCUCAGCAGGGACUGGAAAACUUGGGAAGGGCAAAUCCUGCUUAAGGAAGGGGAAAAACUCAUCUGAGGGCAAAAUACUCUUGGAUUUCUUCCCUGAAAUUGACUCUGCUCUCUAGGAACCCACACUGGAAAUCCUGGGAAGGUUUUCCAAAUGGGAUGAGCCCCCACGAGUCUCAGACACUCCGGUUUCCAACCUCGCCUUGUACGGAAGCUACAGAAGUUCUUCCAUAGCCCAUUCUGGGGGUGAAAUAUUCCUGGAUUUCUCCCCUAGAAUUGGCUCUGCUCCCUAUUUACCCAUGCUGGAAAUCCAGGGAAGAUUUUCCAAACAGGAUGAGCCCCCACGAGUCGCACAUUCCAACCCCUCCUUGCAUGGAAGGCAGGAAAGCUCUGCCCACCUUGGGGGUGAAAUAUUCCUGGAUCUCUCCCCCAAAAUUGGCUCUGCUCUUUAUCUACCCACAUUGAAAUCCUGGGAAGUUUUUCCAAAUGGGAUGAGCCCUCACGAGUCCCAUUUCCAAGCCCUCAUCCCAUGGAAUUCCCAGGAGCCGCUGCCGCCUGCGGAGCUCGUCAAUCAGCCCCGAAUGCAGCCAACGCUGAUUAUUUUUAGCCGGGGCUGCUGCGGUGUUUGUGCGCAGGAAUCAGACCAUGAAAUCCCUGGAUCCGGAGCAUUCCCAGCUCUCCGGCACCCGGAGCAGCUGAGCCGUGCCGGGGUGAGGCAUCAAAAGCAUCCAAGUGUCACUCAAUGCCACCUGAUGUCCCCAAGGCGGGCGAUGCAGCCGGUGUCGAGCACAGGACCCCGGGGCAGGCAGGAGCGGGGCCUGCCCUGGAAUCAACCCCCUGACCCAAAUUCCCAGCCUGGAACGGGAAAUGUGGGAAAAGCAGCGCUGGCCUCGGACAAUCCGGCUCGGUGCCUGGCUCAGAGAGAGUGGGAGCAGCAAAUCCGCUUUUCUUUGGGAUCGUUUCGGCCCCUGGAGCUGGAGGCCCCGCAGGGGCGGUGGCUGCUCCGUGGAUUCCAAGGAUGCAGCGAGGGCUGGGACAAGGAGAGGGGAAUAUCCCUGAGAGGGUUGGGACGAGGAUGGAAUAUCCCUGAGAGGGUUGGCAUGAAGAUGGAAUAUCCAGCAGCAGCUCCCAUUCCAGGGCUCGGGAAUAUCCAUCCUAUCCCUGGGAUGCUCCCCAUGGAAUUCCUGUUACAGGCAGGAAUGGAUCCAGUCCCGGGAUGAGUUCCCAACUCCCUGGGCUGGGAUUUUUCCUGUGCCGAUGGAGAGGGCGGAAGUAGAGGAAUGAGGGACGGAUUUUCGCACCAUCCCAUCCCAUUCCCAGUGGGAAAAGAGGAAAUUUUGGGGGGUUUUACCUGAUUUUUAGGAUGUGCAGCUCCAGGGGGGUGUAUCAGAAUUCCAGAAUUCCAGGAUGGGUUGGAAUGAGCUG